UGCUUGCAAUGCAGGUUAUGUACGGAGUGGGAACAAGUGUGUGCUUCCCUCCGAGUGUGGCUGCUGGUAUAAGGAUCGCUACGUACAAGCAGGAACCACCUUCUGGGGAGAUGGCAGCUGCAACAACCAAUGCACUUGCAAUGCUGGUGGAAAAAUCACAUGUAAGGAAACCAGCUGCCAGAAUGGGGAACAGUGUCAGGUUGUUAAUGGAAUCAGAGACUGCUAUCCAAGUUCUUAUGCUACUUGCAUGACUUAUGGUGACCCCAACUACAUUACCUUUGAUGGGGAGCAAUACAACUUCCGGGGCAGCUGUGUGUAUCAGAUGGCCAGUGUUUGCUCCAAAAGUGUCAAUCUGGAGCCCUUUGAUGUCCUGGUGCAGAAUGACGUCAAUGGCAACUUGUUUGGCACCAAUAUCAAAUUGAUAGAAGUUAAAGUGUACGGCCAAACCAUCAUUAUCAGCAGCGAGUACCCAGGUCUGGUGACGAUAAAUGGCGAGCUCUCCUUCCUUCCUGUAAUACUGCUUGACAAGGUGUUGAUAUACAUAAGCGGCUUCUCUGCUACGAUCCAAACUGACUUUGGAGUAAUAAUAUCAUAUGACUGGAGCAGUUUGGCUGCCGUCACUGUUCCUAAGACCUAUGAGGGUGCAAUGUGCGGGAUGUGUGGGAACUACAACAGCAACCCCAAGGAUGAUAUGCAGAUGAGUGAUGGAAAGAUUGCGACAACUGGGCAGGAGAUGGGUCAGAGCUGGCGUGUGGCAGAAACCCCUGGCUGUGUCCAAGGCUGCAACGGUCCCUGUCCUAGCUGUAGUUUUUUCCAGAAGAUCUGGUAUAAGAACGACCGUUACUGUGGCCUCCUGAAAGAUGACCAUGGGCCACUCAGUAGCUGUUUCUCCAAGGUAGACCCAACUGAAUUCUAUCAGAGCUGCAUGAAUGAUGUCUGCCUCAACAAGGGUGAAGGCAGAGCACAGUGCACAGUCCUGGCUGCUUAUGUUGCCUUGUGUCAGAAGAAUGGAGUCCAAGUGUCUGAAUGGCGAUCUAGAAGUUUCUGUGAUAAACAAUGUCCUGCCAACAGUCAGUACAGCCUUUGUGCCAGUGGCUGUCCAGCUACCUGUGGAAACUUGUCCCCUCCUGUUGGCUGUGACACUUCAUGUCAAGAAUCAUGUGUCUGUGACAAAGGCUUCAUCCUGAGUGGAAACAAGUGUGUCCCCUUUAACAAGUGUGGCUGUAUGUUCAAUGGCAUGUAUUACCAUCUGGGACAAACAUUCAGCCCCAAUGCAACAUGCGAUGUGGAGUGUAAAUGCACAGAUGAUGGACGUGUGCUGUGUUCGAAACUCUCCUGUGCUGCCCAUGAAAAGUGUGAGAUAAGAAACGGCGUCAGAGGUUGCUACCCCUUCGGAAAUGGCAUCUGCUCCAUUUAUGGAGACCCUCACUACAAUACAUUUGACAACACCACCUACGAUUUCCAAGGCACAUGCACCUACGUGGCUGCCAAAGCCUGCCACAUAGAAGGAUCCCACCUGACCCCCUUCACAGUUGUGGUGGAGAAUGAGAGAUGGUAUCCUCAAUCCAGCCAAAAGGUUUCAGUCGCCAAGCUUGUGGCUCUAGAGGUCUAUGGAAACACUCUGAUUCUGCGGAGGAACCAAAUUGGAUUCAUUAUGAUAAAUGGUCUUAUUACCAACCUUCCAGUGAACAUAAAUGAUGGCCAAAUACAGGUUUAUCAGGAAGGUAAUUUUUAUGUGAUCAAAACAGACUUUGGACUCACCAUCAAGUACGACCUUGUGUAUCACGUUAUCAUCACUGUUCCAUCUAAUUAUGAGGGAAAGACCUGUGGUCUCUGCGGCAAUUUCAAUUAUAACGCAAACGACGACUUCCAGCUGCCUGAUGGCAAAACCACCAAAGACCUGUUAACCUUUGGGUUAGCGUGGAAAGUGAGUGUGUCUGGAGUGGUUUGUGAUGAUGGCUGCAGUGGGGACAUAUGCCCAAACUGUGACGAAAAGAAGAAGGCUCGCUUCCAAGGGGAAUGUGAAAUCCUCAUAAAUCCCGAAGGCCCCUUUUCCUACUGCCAAAAAAUUAUUGACCCCAACUCCUACUUCAGAGACUGUGUCUAUGAUACCUGCAUGUCAGAUGGUGACAACAAAAUGCUCUGCCACAGCAUCGCUGCCUAUGUGGCUGACUGUCAGAACAUUGGAAUAGAAAUCAAAAACUGGAGGACACCAACAUUCUGUCCGUUACCUUGCCCUGCCAACACCCACUAUGAAGUCUGUCAAGACACCUGCUCCAGUCCUUGUCCUGGCCUUUCUCACAUGAUAAAAUGCACAGCCAGCUGUAAUGAGGGAUGUGCAUGCAACUCUGGAUACUUCUUCAAUGGAACUGGUUGUGUCACUUUGGACCAGUGCAGUUGUUAUGCAGAUGGGCUCACUUACAAGAUUGGGGAAUCUGUAAUAUCAGAGGACUGUCGAAAGACCUGCACAUGCCAGGCAUCUGGAGCAGUCGUGUGCAAGUUAGCAGAGUGCAAAGCAGAUGAAACAUGCCAGAUCCGGAAUGGCAAACGAGGCUGCUACAAGAACCAGUGUCUGUUGAAGUCCGGUGGCGAUUUUACACUCUUCAAUGGAAUUAGUGGGGACAUCACCAUCAAGGGGUCCUACAACAUUCUGGAGUUAUGUGACCAGACCGUGUUGACUGAAUGGUUCCGCGUGGUUGCAGACGUGCAGAUGUGCGGUCAGGCUGGUGACGCCAGUGUUGUUGCCGUUCACACAUUCUUUGAGGAUAUGCUCAUUACCAUUAACAAUCAUCAUGACGUCUGGGCGAAUGGAAGGCCGUUGUCUCUGCCUGCCGUCCUGAAAAAUGGGAUUUCAGUUACAGUCUCUGACCAAACAGUCAUCAUGAAAAACAAGUCGGGCCUGAUUGUGUCCUACAGUCUGUCCCUGGAUCUCGGCGUCACUGUCAGCGAUGAGCUGUCUGACAAGGUGUGCGGUGCUUGUGGGAAAGUUAAUAGCACCAUCAGAAAGUCUGGUGGCAUUCAGACUGACCUGGAUUCCUGGAGGGCACCUGACUUUCCCACAUGCUUGGUGUAAAACCCCAGAAUUGCAGGAAAACUUCAUAUAGAGCAGAUGAUUUCAACAAAUUGCAUUUCACAAGGCUGAAUAAACUUUUACAACAGGAUCAAUAUUCAAUCCUAUUUUACUCCAACCUUCUUUUCUUUUAAAACUUGUGUUUCAA